AUGGCUCCCUUGAGUAACCUCCCUGAUUGGAACACGCUUAUUAACAACACUGUAGCGCACCUCUCCAAUGAGAAUGAUGGAAAAUCUUGGAUCCUUUCGACUAAUGGUCGAUUUUCGGUGAAAACAUUCUAUAACUUUUUGAAUGAUGGAGGCUUGCGUUGUCACAAAACUCCUGUAAUCCUGAAAAGUGUUUGUCCUAAAAAGAUUAAUCUAUUCAACUGGCUAGCUUGGGAUAACAAAAUCUUAACCCUCGAGAAUCUUGCAAUGCGCAGGUGUAACCUCCUUCAAUCUACUGCCUGUGUGUUGUGCCAUGCCGGGGUUGAAACUGCUGAUCACCUCCUUCUUCACUGUCCCUUUGCCUUGCAUAUUUGGACUUUCUUUGGCCAACUCUUUGGGGUUCGCCAUUGGCCUAGGUCCCUCGUGGAUCUCUGGGGAGAUUGGAGAAGAAUGAUUCCCAAACCCCUAAUUCCUUUUUGGGAUUUGCUUGUGAGAGCCAUUAAUUGGAAUAUAUGGCUUGAAAGAAAUGCACGCAUUUUUAAUUCCAAUUGUCUCUCGUCUGUUUCCAUCAUUAUGAAGAUUGUUCGUAUGUUAAUUUCUUGGUUUGAUGCAGCGCCGGAGCCUAAAAAGGCAAAACUUGAGGUUCCAGUAUCCAAGAUCAAGAGAAGUCUAGAGUUUCUGAGCCCCAGAAUUGCUGAGCAGUCUGUUCUGCCGCCGAGGCCUCAUUCCCCGGGCGAGACUUAG